AUGGGCGUGUGGAAACACAAAGGGUCGCCGAAAAGAUUUUUCUUUGUUGAGAGGAACAGACACAACGAUAUCAUAAGUAUUGUGCCUGUUACGGAAAAAGAUCAUGAGCAGGAUGAAGGAGUAUACAUGCUAAGAAGAUCGUAUUCCGAGAACGCUUCUGACAGCAGUGUACGCAAGGUGGUCGCGACAUUAACAGAUAACAAGGGCAGGACGUUGCCAAAUACACUAGUACAGUACUUGUUCAAGGGCGAAGAGCAUGGAAUACGUCUAAUUAGACCAUACGAAAACGCUAAGAAGAAAAAAUCCUAUAGGCGUGUGCUAUCGAGCACUCGCGAUAAACUAAAGGAAUCAGCGUUUAUCAAGGGCAAGACUGCCAGAGAAUCUCUUGAUGAUGUAUAUCGUUCAGUCGGAGACGUGACCAAAGCCAGAUCCGUGGGACAGCUUCCACGAGGACCAGCUGACUUGUACAAUGCGCGUCAUUCCGCCAAGAAAUCAGCUCCCGAAACCUUUCAAGGUGAGAACGGUGUUACUACAAAUGGUACGAAAGAACAAGUCAGCCUGAGUAAUGUGUGGACACUCCUAGAGCGUACCAAACGAGAAGAAGAAGCGUCCAAAGAUGCAGUCUUUAUUCGCGAAUGCUCCAUUCACCCAGACCUGUUUCUUGUUUUGGCCAAUGACCGACAAUUGCAACAGAUCAGCCAGUUCUGCACCAACCCAAACGAGUUCUGUGUCUUUGGCAUUGAUCCAACGUUUAAUAUCUUUGAUAAGAAUAUCAGCCUUACAGUCACCACCUACCGUAAUCUGAGAUUGGAGAGCAAAAGCACUAAUAAGCCACCAGUGUUCAUAGGUCCACUUCUGAUGCACCAACACAAAGACUGGAAGACAUGCUCUAAGUUUGCACAUACAUUAAUUGCCGAGAAACCACAGCUUGAGGGAAUAUUAGCAUGCGGGACUGACGGCGAAAAAGCAUUGAUGGAGGGCUUCAAAAGAAACCUUCGCUUUGCAAUGUUUCUGAGGUGUUUCCUCCACUUCAAGGACAAUAUUAAAAGAGAACCUACCAGCAGAGGCCUAGACGAGAAAGUUCGGAAGCAAUUCGUAGAAGAGAUAUUCGGCAAGCAAGAGGGAAAUGUUAAAUUUUACGGACUCGUAGAUUGCAAUUCAGAAGACGAAUUUGAGACCAAACCCGAAGUGUUAAAAGAGGUGUGGGAAGAAAGGGAAAAGACCUCUGGAUCAAAGGGCAGCUCACAGUCGUCGUUCUACAACUGGUUUCGAAAAGAAAAGUUUCGUCAGGCCGACGACAUGAAGGAUUCUAUGCUGAAGUCAGUUAGGAUUGAUGCGGGAUUGGGCAACCCUCCAUCGGAGUACACCAACAAUGACCCUGAGGCAGCGAACUUUAUGAUCAAGCAUGGGCUGCACUUCGAUGCCAAGAAACCGCACGAGUUUAUCGAAGAGAUAAAGAACAUUAUCGAAACGCAGCAACGUAACGAGGACCGCGCGGUCUUUGGAAAAGGUCCAUUCCAAAUUCGAGAAGGUUUUAAACAUCUUGUCGUCGAUGACGUAAUGUGGGCACAGUUGACUCAUGAGCAACGUAUGAGAAAACUGUCCACAUUUCUCAAGGCAGAAAUAGACGACAGGAAAGACCCCAUCCAGGACCCAAUGGAAGCAGCGCCCAUUGAUACUCCUCCAUCUCUCACCAUCGAUGCAAAAAACAGUGGUAUAACCACCAUACCCGCUGCUAUUCUCGAAGCGAUGUUCCAGAAGGCGGCAAAUUUGAGAGCAACACCAGGAAAGAUCAUCCCGAAACCUGGGGCAACAGAUGGAUCUUUCAUAGUUGCCGGGGUAUGCAACAAAAUACACGUUGUUACCCCAGGUAAAGGUGGUUCUUUGGUCUGCGACCUUGGUUGUGUAAACCACUCCACAAAAAUGUGCGAGCAUACCCUUGCAGUGGCGCAAUUCACCGACAAGUUAGAGGGGUUUAUCAACUGGUAUAGGCGAUCAAGAAGAGGUGCUAACAUGCUAGACAUGGCCGUUAGCGGAGGUCCAAAAUGUGCAGGAAAAAAGCCAAGCAAACGGAAGAGGACAAACGCCAAAUCUCAGCCUGUCCACGAAACCGCUGAUUUACUUGAAGAUCCGUCAACGCAUUCUCCUAAACAUGCUAAGGAGGACUUCCAUGCACUUCACGAUCAGCGCCCCUCGAUGGCGUUCGCCAAACAAUUACAUGCAAUGCAUGUAAAUCACCAAAGCAGUGGGUUAGCAACCCUGAAUCAGGGCCAUACCCCGCCAGGCUUCGACUCAAGUUCAGCCCAGUCUUCUGCUUCCCAUAACCCGAUCGGUUCGAACAACAUUUUGCAACCAGCUGUUGGUCUGUCAAACGGUGGUUUUCUAGCAAGUCACGGUCAGUACCCCUCUUCAUUUAAUAAUCAAAAUAUCGCAUUAUCAAGACACUUGGGGGGUCAAAACCCCAGCGUCAUUUACUCAAGUCAACAGCAGCAGUGCUAUGCAGGUCAAGUUCUUGGAAUGCCGGGUCCAAACACCAGUUCUUUCCAGCUAAAGUGGGUAGCAGGUACUAAAGUUACACGAUGUUAUGGGUGCGGUGGCGACAUUCAGAACCCUCCUUUGGGAGCACCAGAAGAUAUCGUUAUAGUGUAUAGGGACAUUCGGCGAUAUCGUGAUCGAUACACUGGUCAGCUACACUGCACAGAAACGCCACAAAACGUCCAUUUCCAUCUUCGCAUUGCCUGCGUGCGCGCGAGAUAUCCCCAUUUUACGGGAAGUUGCCUGUCGGUUCCAAUGGAAUUUGCAGUACGUUUCGGGGUGGAACACGUUGGCAGGCUCAUGUCGGAGUUUGGGUGGACCCCAUAA